UUCUGGUUUGGAGCUAGAGCACCCACAAGGGAGCAGGCCUGGAUUAUUAGCAGUAGCACGGGCCAUUCACAGGGCCAUCACAGGACGCCGGCUCCUCCGGGCGCUGCUUCCCUGCUCAGCCCCAUCGUCUUCCAGCCCAGAGGAGCCCGGGACGCGCCCCCGUCCCCGCGCCUGCGCACUGAGGACCGAACGCUCCCACAUCCCCGCGUCGCGGAAUUCGGGGCUGGGCAGCUGUCGGGUCCGGUGAGGACUGAGCGCGCUCCGGCCUCUGUGGACUCUGCUUCUUCAAUAAAUGAACCUUGAGGAAAACUGACCAUUUCUUGCAAUUCUAAAAUCAUGGCUCAUGAUUUGGUGAUGUUCAGAGAUGUGACUGUAGACUUUUCUCAGGAGGAGUGGGAAUGCCUGAACUCCUAUCAGAGGAAUUUAUACAGAGAUGUGAUUUUGGAGAAUUACAGCAACUUGUUGUCACUUGGAUGUUCCAUUUCUAAGCCAGACGUGAUUACCCUGUUGGAACAAGGGAAGGAUCCCUGGAUGAUUGUGAGGGAUGAGAAAAGAAGAUGGAGCCUAGAUUUGGAAUCCAAAUAUGACACUAAAAAGUUAUUUCAAGAAAAGGAUAUUUAUGAAAUAAAUUUAUCUCAGUGGGAAAUAAUGGAAAGAAUUAAAAGUCGUGGCCUUGAUUAUUCUAUUUUUGGAAAAGAUGGCGAAUAUAAAAAGUUUGAGGAACAAGAGGGUCCUCACAAAGUCAAUUUCAGGCAAGUGACAAAAAACACCCCUGAAAAAAUACCCACUUACAGAAAACUCACAUCUCUUGCUCUAUAUCAGAAAAGUCAUAAUAGAGAAAAGCCCUAUGAAUGUGGGGAAUGUGGGAAGGCUUUUAGAGUACGCCAACAACUUACUUUCCAUCAGAGAAUCCAUACCGGUGAGAAACCCUAUGAAUGCAAAGAAUGUGGAAAGGCCUUUAGACAAUGUGCCCACCUGAGUAGACAUCAGAGAAUUCAUACAUCUGACAAACUCUAUGAAUGUAAAAAGUGUGGGAAGAUCUUUACAUGUAGCUCAGACCUUCGAGUACAUCAGAGAAUUCAUAUUGGUGAGAAACCCUAUGAAUGUAAGGAAUGUGGGAAAGCCUUCAGAGUGCGGGGACAGCUUACUCUCCAUCAGCGCAUUCACACUGGUGAGAAACCCUAUGAGUGUAAGGAAUGUGGGAAGACCUUCAGACAGUAUGCACACCUUACUCGACACCAGAGACUUAACAUUGGUGAGAAGUGCUAUGAGUGUAAGGAAUGCGGUCAGGCUUUUCUGUGCAGUACCGGCCUUCGAAUCCACCACAAACUCCAUACAGGUGAAAAACCCUAUGAUUGCAAGGAGUGCGGAAAGGCCUUUAGGGUACGCCAACAACUUACACUACAUCAGAGGAUUCACACAGGUGAGAAGCCCUAUGAUUGUAAAGAGUGUGGGAAGWCCUUUAGUCGCGGCUAUCACCUGACUCUCCAUCAGAGAAUUCAUACAGGUGAGAAACCUUACGAAUGCAAGGAAUGUCAGAAGUUCUUUCGUCGUUACUCAGAACUUAUUUCACAUCAAGGUAUUCAUAUUGGAGAGAAACCUUAUGACUGUAAGGAAUGUGGGAAGGCCUUUAGGCUGUUCUCACAACUUACUCAACACCAGAGCAUUCAUUUUGGUGAGAAACCCUAUAAAUGUAAGGAAUGUGAGAAGACUUUCCGACUGCUCUCACAGCUUACUCAACAUCAGAGCAUUCACACUGGUGAGAAACCCUAUGACUGUAAGGAAUGUGGAAAGGCCUUUAGACUUCAUUCAUCACUUAUUCAACAUCAGAGAAUUCAUUCUGGUGAGAAACCCUACAAAUGUUCAGAAUGUAAGAARGCCUUCAGACAACAUUCACACCUCACUUACCAUCAGCGAAUUCAUAAUACCAUUCACACUGAUGAGAAACUCCUUGAAUGUAAGGAAUGUGGGAAAGAUUUUAGUUUUGUAUCGGUCCUUAUACGACAUCAGCGAAUUCACACUGGUGAAAAACCUUAUGAAUGUAAAGAGUGUGGCAAGGCCUUUGGUAGUGGUGCAAAUCUUGCAUAUCAUCAAAGAAUUCACACUGGUGAGAAGCCUUAUGAGUGUAAGGAAUGUGGAAAGGCCUUUGGUAGCGGCUCAAACCUUACUCACCACCAAAGAAUUCAUACUGGUGAGAAACCGUAUGAAUGUAAGGAGUGUGGGAAAGCCUUUAGUUUUGGAUCGGGCCUUAUUCGACAUCAAAUCAUUCACACUGGUGAAAAACCUUAUGAGUGUAAAGAAUGUGGGAAGUCCUUUAGUUUCGAAUCAGCCCUCACUCGACAUCACAGAAUUCACACAGGUGAGAAACCUUAUGAAUGUAAGGAUUGUGGGAAAGCCUUUGGCAGUGGAUCAAACCUUACUCAGCAUCAGAGAAUCCAUACUGGGGAGAAACCUUAUGAAUGUAAGGAUUGUGGGAAAGCCUUUGGCAGUGGAUCAAACCUUACUCAGCAUCAGAGAAUCCAUACUGGGGAGAAACCUUAUGAAUGUGAGAAACCAUACAUAUGUAAUGAGUGUGGGAAGGCCUUUAGUUUUGGAUCAGCCCUUACUCGACAUCAAAGAAUUCACACUGGUGAGAAACCUUAUGUAUGUAAGGAAUGUGGAAAGGCUUUUAAUAGUGGCUCAGAUCUCACUCAACACCAGAGAAUCCACACUGGUGAGAAACCCUAUGAGUGUAAAGAAUGUGAGAAAGCUUUUAGAAGUGGUUCAAAACUUAUUCAGCAUCAAAGAAUGCACACGGGGGAGAAGCCCUAUGAAUGUAAGGAAUGUGGCAAAGCCUUCAGUAGUGGUUCAGAUCUUACUCAACAUCAGCGAAUUCAUACUGGUGAGAAACCAUAUGAAUGUAAAGCAUGUGGGAAGGCUUUUGGUAGUGGCUCAAAACUUAUUCAACACCAGCUAAUUCAUACUGGGGAAAAACCCUAUGAAUGUAAAGAAUGUGGAAAGUCCUUUGGUAGUGGGUCAGCUCUUAAUAGACACCAAAGAAUACAUACUGGUGAGAAACCUUAUGCAUGUAAGGAAUGUGGGAAGGCUUUCCGUAGUGGCUCCAGCCUUUGUCAACACCAGAGAAUUCACACUGGNGAGAAACCCUAUGAAUGUAAGGAAUGUGGGAAAGCUUUUAUUUGUGGUUCACAGCUUUCCCAGCAUCAGAAAAUUCACAAUGGGGAAAAGCCAUAUGAAUGUAAGGAAUGUGGAAAGGCCUUUAUUCGGGGCUCACUACUUAUGCAACAUCAAAGGAUUCAUACUGGGGAAAAACCUUAUAAAUGUGAAGAAUGUGGGAAGGCCUUUAUCCGAGGUUCACAGCUUACUCAACACCAGAGAAUUCAUACUAAUGAAAAGCCCUAUGAAUGUAAGGAAUGUGGAAAGACCUUUAGUCAUGGCUCACAACUUACUCAACAUCAGCGAAUUCAUACUGGUGAGAAACCCUAUCAAUGCAAGGAAUGUGGAAARGCUUUUAAUCGUGGCUCACUCCUUACUCGACAUCAAAGGAUUCAUACAGGUGAAAAACCUUAUGAAUGUAAAGAGUGUGGAAAAAACUUUAGUCGUGGCUCAGAACUUACUCAACAUGAGAGAAUUCACACUGGUGAGAAACCCUAUGAAUGUAAGGAAUGUGGAAAAUCUUUUAUUCGUGGUUCACAACUUACUCAGCAUCAAAGAAUCCAUACUGGUGAAAAACCUUAUGAAUGUAAAGAAUGCAGAAUGGCCUUUACUCAGAGUUCACAUCUUUCACAACAUCAGAGACUUCAUACUGGUGAGAAACCCUAUGUAUGUAAUGAAUGUGGGAAAGCCUUUGCUCGUGGCUUACUGCUUAUACAACACCAGAGAAUUCACACUGGUGAGAAACCCUAUCAGUGUAAGGAAUGUGGGAAGGCCUUUAUUCGUGGUUCACAGCUUACUCAACAUCAGCGGAUUCACACUGGAGAAAAACCCUAUGAGUGCAAGGAAUGUGGGAAAGCCUUUAGUCAUGGCUCUCAACUUACUCUACAUCAAAGAAUCCAUACUGGUGAGAAGCCCUAUGAAUGCAAAGAAUGUAGGAAAGCCUUUACUCAGAGCUCACAUCUUUCUCGACAUCAGAGAAUUCAUACUGGUGAGAAACCCUAUCAAUGUAAAGAAUGUGGAAAGUCCUUUACUCGUGGUUCACAACUAACUCAACAUCAGAAAAUUCAUGUCAAUGAAAAAUCAUUUGAUUAUAAGGAGUGUGGAAUAGACUUUAGUCAUGAUUCACAAGUUUUUAUAUGAAUUAUUGUGUUCAUUAUUCUUUGUGGUCUCACACAUAGCAUUAUCUGGUUAUCUAUUACUAGUACAGAGUCUUAAAAAUGUGAAUUGGGGACAGAUUUGUCUCAURAAGUUCAGCAUUGAAAAAUUUAGAUGGGGCAAUGAAAAUGUUAAUGUGGUCUAUGUAGAAAAUAAACUUUUAUUAUUAGAACCCUAUUAAACAUUAGCAAAUUAAAAUAGAAAAUAAUUCUGUUAAURUAGUAAAUGUAGGAAAGUCUUUAACCAUAGAAAAUAUCUUUUUCAAUAUACUCUUG